AUGGUAUCACUUUCAGAUAAUCUUAUGGCAAAUUUUGGCUUUGCAAUUCAUCAGUUGAGUGCGCAAAUUGUAAAUGGUCAAAACGUGGCACCUAUUGGAAUAAGUGAGGAGUUAAAGUCAGCAGUUGCUGCUGAAGUACGUGCUCAGAUGGUACCAGUUGUGAAAGAGAUUGUACAUGAAGUGGUCAGUGAAGUAAGAGGUGUUGUGACAGAUGUAGUGACACCACUUUAUGAUGAACUUCGUGAGUUUCGGAAUCGUAUUACGUUCUCAAAUACCUUGCUGUAUUCCACGGGAAAUAUGGCGAUGUAUACGAAUGGUUCAUCUAGUUCCUGCGAUGUCUUAGAGAAAAAAGUUGGUAGAUGUGCUGAGAGUACAAGAUCUUCCUCAUCGACUAGUCGUUCAAAAGCAUACCAGGAAAAUAAUUUUAGCAACAAGAGUCAGACCGAAUACUUCAAAGAACCAAAAGAACCACGAGCACAAGCAUCCACGAGCGACUGUGCAGCAUUUAGUUUUAUUUAUUACAAUACAGUUUGUCUUAUACCAAUAUCGACUUUGCUCGAGCCUGAAAAUAAUGCAUUCGUCUGUCAAAAAGUGCCAAAGAUAUUCCUUGGAAAAGAAGGGGGAAAGAUUUCUUUCCUUGUCGAUAUGAAGACAGUCAAGUUAAGGGAUCUCACGUCCGAUAAUUUGGGAUACUGGACUUCAAGAUUCGCAGCACACAUGAAAACUCGGAAAUACUUUGUAAAAGAUGGUCAGAUCACGGGACGUAUCCAGCAGUUCGGACAAGUUUGUCAUUUACUACAGGACUACGAUUAUAUCUUACAUCGACAGUACUACUGUCAUGGAAAUACAAUUGGACCAGCAGCGAUCCGGAAAAAUAUUUGGUAUCUAACGGGGAAAUUGAAUGGUGGACAAGUUGUUGGUUGUGCAUUAAUUUCAUAUGAAAUUGAUGACAAUGCCACUGUGAAAAUAACGAAGUUACGAUAUAAAUCAGGACUGAAUUGUGUAGAAGUAAAAGAGGAAGUACCAGCUGAAGAAAUGGAUGUCAGUUCUAUGCUCACUCCAAACGCUGAAUUGCAAAGGUUCGUGGACGGCAUGCAGACAUUAUAA